CAUAAAUAUAGUUUUCGUUUUUUGUGUUUAUUAAGUCGCAUUCUCUUAUUAUCAAUUAAAAAGCAUUAAAAAUACUGUUUUAUUCGUAGAUAAAAAACAAAUAAAUAAUCAUGGACGCGAAACAACUCAAACAAUCAUUGAAAGAAGUCCGUGAUGCUAUAAAAAAUGGAAAUAACCCCUUGGCCAUUCAGAAAUGCCAGGAAAUCCUCCAAGCUGAUCCUAAGAACUACAUGGGUCUUAUAUUGCUUGGAGCUGCAUAUCAAAGUACAGAUCAAAAUCAAGCAGCAAUACAUUUACGAAAAGCUGUAACCUGCUCCACAACACCCACUUUAGCUUUGCAGGGUCUAGCGAAUUGCGCUUCAAAAGAAGAACUUCCUGAAAUCUAUGAAAAACUUUUAGAUCUCGUUCCCGAGAAGUCAAUUGAAUACUACGAGAAAAUAUCAUCCAUUGGGAAAACUUCGCCGAAAGUCAUCCAAAAGUGCAUUGAAGUUCUUAAGAAAGCAGCUCUUGCCGCUCAAACAACAGACACCAAACAAUCGUCUUAUUUAAACUUGGCAAAACUUUGGGUUAUACAAGAUGACAUCGAUGAUAGUGAUCUGGAUUUAUUCAGAUCCUGUCUUGAAAUUGCCAUAGACGUCAGCGAUAGCAGUGAUCCUCGCAUGCAAAUUAAAUUCUUCCAGAGAUAUUUAAAGCUUCUUUAUAAGCAAAACGAUUUGGAAAAACUAUUAAAAACAUCCGAUAGCAUGUAUAACAUCUUUCCUGACGAACUUUGUUCUCUAGAGUGGAUCUGUAAGAUUUAUUGUGAGAAUUACUUAGCUAACCAGGAUGUUUUGUCAGCUCUGGAAAUGCCCAUUGACUUCUAUGCUGAGAAAUUGGAAAACCUCAAUAAACAAUCCAGUUUAGCUCUUCUCAUUAAAGCCAUUAAGGCAUUUGACUCAGAUCAAAUGGCCACAGCUAGAAGUUUGCUCAAUCAAGUAAAUCAGAUUCAGCCGGGCUACAAAGUGGCAAUGCAAUUAAUGGCCAACACGGAAAUAAAAAUUGGAGCGUAUACCUUAGCUGCCCCUAUUGUUAAAACUUUGGGCUGGGCAAAAGAGUAUGCAGUGUGCAUGUCGUAUUCUAGGAGUCCAGAUGACUUGAGGAAAGCCAUAGAAACACUCGUCACUGUUGAUCAAAGUGAAGAGGUUUUAGAUUCUCUGGCAAGGUGUUACCGCCGACUUGGCGAAGAGAAGAAGCUGCAGGGUCUCUCCUUGACUCCGCUUUUGGAAGCCAAGUAUAAGUUGUCACCAACAGAAGCUUUAGAAAAGUUAGGCAAUGAAGAAUCUUACGAAGUUCUGAUUUUGAAGGGAGAAAAGAACAUUUUGGUUCAAAACUACGAUUCUGCUUUGAUAUGUAUGCUCAAGGCUGCUCGUCUAAGACCAUACAGAGCUGAAUGUUUUGAAUAUCUAGGGAAAAUCUACUUGGCUUUGAAGGAUCAAACUCGAGCUAUUAAAUGUUUUGAAAAAUGCACAAGUUUAAAUAUUCUCAACGAAGCAGGUGUUGAUCUUUUAAGUUCAAUUUAUCUAGAAUCUGGAGAUGAAGAAUUUCAGGAAAAGAAUCUUAAACUUCUGUUGGCUGCCUUGGAAAAGAGUCCCACUGGAAUGUUAAAAUGGGCAUAUUUCAAAUUAGGAAUACAUUAUUUAACUGCUAAGGAUUAUGAUGGAGCAAUUAAUUCGUUUAGGGAUUCGUUAAAGUUUGAUGUUACUGCAAUCGUCUCUUGGGAGUGCUUGGGUGAUGCUUAUAGGGAGAGAGGGUCUUAUAAUUCAGCUGUCAGAGUAUUUCAGAAAAUUCUUGAUCUUGAUCCAGUAAACGUCUAUGCUAAAUUACAAGUUGCUUUGAUUAAUAUGACAGUUCGAAUGUAUACAGAAGCUAUUGAACAAUUUGACGAACUACUGGCUGAGCAUCCGGACUAUCUACCUGCCUUGAAGGGUGCUGCUGAAUCUCACAUUGGGUUGGCCAAUAAUCUAAAGCUUGAAAAACGUCUUGGUCGAUGCAAGCAUCAUCUUCAACAAGCUGUCAAAUAUUUAGAGAGAGCUUUUAUAAUUGGCAAAAUCGAUAUGGUCUGGUUGUGGCGACUGGUGGCGAGUACAUUCGUUCAAGUUGCAUUACUGCCCACAUCCAAGGCUCAUUUAGAAGUUUCUGGCAAAUUGGCAAAAAAAAGUGACGAUGAUAUAGUUGUGCUGGAUCGAAAGCAGUUAUUAGCUCUUGCCACAAGAUUUUAUACUUGUGCCUUGAAACUGACUGAGAACACAUUUCUGUGGUAUGAGCUGUCGAUUUGCGCAUAUUAUAGCGCCAAUUUUGAACCAAAUAACGAAGUCAAGCAUCUAGAUCUGGCAGUUAAGGCUUGUAAAAUGGCUAUAACUCAUCAGAGUGAUCGUUGGGAGAACUGGAAUGCACUUGGAGUUUUUAAUGCCCACAAAGCAAUCAACGACUUGCCCUUUGCGCAGCACUGCUUCAUCCAGGCUUUGAUGAUGGAUCGAAAGUCAUACACAACCUGGACAAAUCUUGGAGUGCUCUAUUUAAAGUUGAGUGAUAUUAAAUUGGCCAACAAAGCAUUCCAACGAGCACAGCAAUCGAGUCCAAUAUAUCCAAAUGCAUGGAUUGGUCAGGCGAUGAUAGCUGAAAUCAUUGCCGACGAAGAGGAGGCCCUUGAUCUUUUUAGACAUUGUCAGCAAUUUGAAUACCAUUUAGAAUCGACCAUUGGCUAUGCUCAUUGGGUGUGCAGUAUUCUCUGCGAUCCAGAGAAGCGCAAGGAAGCGAGAUUCAAACGAACAAUCGAUUUGAUGUUCGCCGGAACAGUUGCUCUGGAUGCGAUCAAUUGGUACUUUGCUGUUGAGGAGGACAACUGCUCCCCGGAAGCACUGUCCUAUCAAGGUUUUCUCAAUGCCCAACAUCAGCUUUGGCGUCCAGCUAUUCGUGGUUACUUACAAGCAGUAAAAACUGCAAACCCCGAUGCGAGAAAUAAGCUCUACACAAACUUGGGAUAUAUGUUCCUAAAGAACAAUGAGCCUGAGAAAGCAAUUGAUGCCUUUAAUUCAGUGUCAGAGGCAAGUUUCCAGCCGAUUGUUGGUCUGGCUUUGGCCUAUUUCCGAGCGGGACAGCAUCAAGAAGCCUAUUCCGUUUAUAAUUCGAUUCUCAAGAGUGUAGCUGGAAGCGAGGAAGAUAAAGCAGCUAUGAUUUUAGUGGCAAUGGCUUCGAUGGUGUAUUCCUCACAGGGUGAAGCUGAUACUAAGACUAUUCUAUACCAAUGUAUUCUCUUAAAGGACUCACCAAUUGAAGCUCUUUAUUCGGCCUGUGCUCUUGGGAUCCUCCAUCAUGACAAUCAACUGACUGAGACAAUUUUGUGUGAAUUGAAAAAGUAUGAACGAUCUCUAGAACAUUGUGCUCACAUUGCGUUCCUUACGUCACAGUAUCAUCUCAAAAACAAUCAAACGAGAAAAGGACUUACUUAUCUCAUUUCUCGAGUUCAUAUGUAUCCCCAAUGUGCCGAGUUGAGGAAGGUUCUGGCAAAUUAUUUAUUGGAGAAUUAUGGACAAAUGCGAAAGUAUUUUUUGGCCAUCAGUCAAAUGGCAUUGAGUGCUAUCGAUUUAGGGCACAGUAGCACCAAAAAAAGUUCAUGUUUGGAAGAUGCACAUUCUUUGAUGACGGCCAGUAGAGCAUUGAAAGCUGUGGAUAAAAAUAAAUCGAUGAAACUCAUUCAACGAGCCAUACACUUAUGUCCCCAAAACAAAGAUGCGUGGAAUGCUUUGGCUGUGAGUGUUGGAGCUUGAUUAAUAUUGAAUGAAAAAUAAUGCUUUUUUAAAAGAA